AUGUUUAUAGCAGAGACUACAGGGACGUGCGGGUCACAUUGAAUGCGAAGCAGGAAUCAUGAUAGCUAAGCUGUUAGGUCCUCGGUAUCAGCAACUGGCAAAGAACUGGGCUCCAGUUCUAGCCACGUGGGGUUCAGUAGGAGCAGUGGGACUUAUAUGGGCUACAGAUUGGAGGCUUUUUCUGGAUUAUGUUCCAUAUGUAAAUGGAAAGUUUAAGGAUGAGAAAUAAGUGUAUGCCCAUCUACUGUAUUCUAUGAGCAUGUCUUUGAAUUGGCCCAGAGCAGGAGAUCUUCAGCAUUUGGAAUGUUUAUGCAAAGGAAACGGACCAACCGUCUUUACACCUUGGAUGAAGCUGCUUAUUUAUGAAUAAAUAUUGGACUUGCAUAUUUCAGAAUUAUUUUUCGGAGAUUUGUUAUAUCGGUGUCAUUUUUUAACUGUAGUGCUCACUUCUCCAAAAGAAAUCUAAUAAAAUGUUUGGAAUUAGACUUGAAA